CUCAACACCCUGAACAUGUGUUGCUCCAUGAAACUAGACAUCAGCCCCUCCAGGAAGAAAACGGAGGAUUCAGACGAGGAUGACCCGCUGGCCAUCAGUAAGAGAUGGACCUUUGAGUGGAACAGCCGGCGCUGGUCCCGCCUCCAGGACAUGCACUUCCUGCUGGACUCGCCCAAUGAGAGCAGCCCUGAGGGGUGCGAGGGGGAGGGGCUGCUGCGGAGCACGGUGAGCAGUGAGAGCGUCUUAACGGACAUCAGCGAACCAGAGAUCACGGAUAUAUCCUCUCUUCACAGCCAGGAUUCUCUAGGAGCUAUUCUCCCUGACUCGGUCUCUAUGGCAUCGCUGGCCGGGCCCUACCAGCCUCCGAGGGACAUGUCCCACUACAACUCUCUACCAAUCAAAAGCAGCCGUCAUGGCCAGGGUGGGCGGAGUCCGGCGAAGUCCUUCCUGCGUCGCAUGGAGAUGAUGCGUACGUGGGGGCCGUCCUCCAGGAGGAAGACAGGAAGUGGACGGGCACCGCUGGUCAUCAGUGGGCCGGUCUUACAGGGGGAGGAGCCCCAGGCACUACAGACACUCCACUGUGUCCCCAUCAACCAAUCAGAUGGCAGUCCUCAUCCUCUCCACCAAUCAGACAACAGCACGUCCCCUGUUGCCCAUGGAGAUGGCAGCGAGGGCCAAUCAGAGACGAGCAGUGUGAGUUCCAUGAGUCCUAGUGUGAGGCAGAGAGUCUCUAAGUCCCGGCCUAAAAGAGGAAGUGUUUACCUAGAAGACACGGAGCCGCUCUCUGGCGCCCCCCAUUGCCGAAGGACUGAAGCACAACAGACUCCGUUCAGCAGGAACCACUUCCGCUCAUACGAGGACCUGCUAGUCCACAUCCCCAAGGACCACAAACCAGGCACCUUCCCCAAAGCCCUGUCUCUUGAGAGUCUAGCCCCCUCUCCCUCUCCACUCUACCCCAGUCAAGGCUCCCCCUGGGCGGCCACGGCUCUGUCCAAGAAGCCUCCCUGCCCUGGAGCUCCGCGGGGCAGCAGGGUGAGUGUGUAUGACAACGUCCCCGGGUCUCACCUGUACGCGUCCACAGGUGACCUGCAGUAUCUUGACCGAGACGAUAACCUGUUCCCCCACCUGGAUGACAUCAUCAGUCACGUCAGCGGCCUGCAGCAGAUUGUAGACCACUGGAGUCACAGCGUGCUGCAGGAGGGGGAGGCAGGGAAUGAUAAGGGGGGUGAGAGAGACGGGGUCUCCCUAAAUGAUACGGACCCUACAGGGACCAGAGAUAGGAGAGACUCUGGAUUUGGAGCUUCCCUUACGAGACCACGUCUCCGGUGGCCGAGCUUCCGCCUGUCUGACCGCCUGAGCCAAUCAGACUCCUCGCUUCAGAUCAGUACCCAAUCAGCUGUCCAGCUCAGCCUGCUCAAGAAGUUCUCUCUGCUCCGACUCACAGCCAUCAUGGAGAAAUACUCCACUAACAAACAUGGCUGGACCUGGUCUAUGUUUCUGAAGCGUAUGAAGGUUCAAGGCAGUAGAGAGAAGGGUGUGUUUGGGGUUCCCCUCAUAGUACAUACACAGCGUUGUGGUUACCCUCUACCCCUCUGUCUACAGCAGGCCCUGAGUCAUCUCAGAACGCACUGCCUUGACCAGGUGGGUCUGUUCCGUAAGUCAGGUGUAAAGUCUCGUAUCCAGGCGUUGAGACAGGAGUGUGAAUCCAGUCCCGACAGUGUGUGUUACGAGGACCAGUCAGCGUACGACGUGGCAGACAUGGUGAAACAGUUCUUCAGACAACUUCCUGAACCUCUGCUGACGAGCAAGCUGGGAGAGACCUUCCUGCAUAUUUACCAGUACGUCCCCGAUGAGCAGAGGUUGCAGGCCGUGAGGGCGGCCAUCUUGCUGAUGUCAGACGAGAACAGGGAAGUGCUCCAGACGCUGCUCUUCUUCCUGCGCGAUGUCACUUCCUGUGUAGAGGAGAACCAGAUGACCCCUAUGAACCUGGCUGUGUGUCUGGGCCCCUCCCUGUUCCAUCUCAACAUACUGAAGAACGACAACCUGUCCCCCAGGUCCAUCCAGAGGAAGUAUGCUACUGGUCGGCCAGACCAGAAGGACCUUAAUGAGAACCUUGCUGCCACACAGGGCCUGUCUCACAUGAUCACUGAGUGCCAACGCUUGUUCGAGAUCCCACAGGAGACAGUGAGUCAAUCCUGUAACUCUUACAGGGAGGCUGAGUUACUAGCGCCCCCUCUGGCCGAGCUGUGUAAGACACAUGAGGAGGAGGAGGAAGGGUCCUACCACACACUCAUGGAGGGGCUGGUGCAGGGCCUACUGAAGGAGGCCAGAGACAAGAGUAAAGGAUGGGUGUCCCGGGCCACCACCGACCACACUGAACUGGCCUUCAAAAAGGUGGCUGAUGGUAACCCCCUGCGGCGGUGGCGUGUGUCUGUGGAGGUGUGUGCCCCGCCCAGUGAUGUGUUGGAGAGGCUGCUGAGGCAGCGCCCCCUGUGGCAGACAGACAUACUGCAGGAGAAGGUUCUGGAAACCCUGGACAGACAGACAGACAUCUACCAGUACAGCCUGCAGAGCAUGGCACCACACCCCAACACUGACUAUGUGGUACUGAGGUCAUGGCGUAACGAUGUGUCUAAGGGUUGCAGUGUGUUGGUGUGUGUGUCAGUGGACCAAGAGGACAGUCCAGCCCUGGCUGCAGUCAGAGGGGUAGUUCUAGAGUCCCGCUACCUUCUGGAAUCCUGCGGAACUGGCAGGUCCAGACUCACACACAUCUGCAGGGUUGACCUGAAGUAA